AUGGUCGUCCGUUGUGACGGCAGCUGGGGGGCAGAGGUGGCAGCAGAGGGCCACGGGCCACAACCCCGCUUGCGAGCCCAGGAACAACAACAUGCAAUGAACGCACUGGCUGGUGCCGAUGCUGAUGCUGACUGGAGUUUCAGCGCCCCCGUCCGUUCGAUGGUGCUCGCACCAAUCUCGAGCUUCAGAUCAGCUGCCGCCGAUCCUCCCGGGGUCAUGGCUGCAACGGACUGCCACGGGCUGGAAUGGGCUUGGGGGCUCCCAUUGGGGGCUUGGGAGAGCUGCCAGUUGGCGGUCCUGGCGGUCCUGGUGGUCCUGGCGUGCCGGUGGUCUCGGAAAACCACCAGAUUGUACCUCGACCUCGUCCGCACGCUGGGCCGAUACUUGCACCACCUGCAGCAGGUGAUGGUUACCUCAUGUCGCUCUGAGUUGCUCGAGUACCGCCGCCAUCCCCGUCCCAGCUGCACCUGA